GGCGUCUUUUGACAUCCUCGACACCAAGUUCGACAUGAUUCUAGGCAUGUCUUGGUUGUGUAGCGCCGAUCAUCCGGUGAACUUUCAUAACCGAACCGUUCACAUCCGUGAUCAAAACGAAAUGUUAGUCCCAUGUACGGUCGCGACCCCUCACACUUCGAUUGCUUGUCACGUGGUUUCCGUUGCGAGAAUUCGCGACGCCAUAGCUCGGAAUGACGUCGAGGAGAUGGGCCUUGUAUUCUUGCAUGCUCUCCCCUCGCCGAACGGACUAGCCGUGUCACCGCCGGACCCACGCAUCACUCACCUCUUGGACGAGUGUGGAGACACCUUCGAGGCUCCCACCGGAACGGUUCCGGAUCGGCCCAUACGUCACGGGAUCACUCUCGAGGCUGGCGCCGUCCCUCCGAGUGGAUGUAUCUACUGCGUGAGCGAAGAGGAACUUGAGGUGCUUCGCGCACAACUCGAUGACCUUCUCGACAAGGGCUGGAUUCGCCCUAGUUGCUCCCCAUACGGUGCCCCUGUUCUCUUCGUCUGGAAGAAUAAGAAAGAUCUACGGUUAUGCAUCGACUAUCGCAAACUUAACGCACAAACCGUAAAGAACGCCGACCCUCUCCCUCGGAUUGAUGAUCUCCUUGAGCGGUUAGGCGGCGCGACGUACUUCUCGAAGUUGGACUUGAAGUCGGGUUACCACCAGAUUGAAAUCCAGCCUCAAGAUCAGUACAAGACCGCGUUCAAGACACGGUACGGGCAUUUUGAGUGGUUUGUCAUGCCAUUUGGCCUCACCAAUGCCCCCGCGACUUUCCAAGCAGCUAUGACGACUGAGUUUCGCGACUUGCUCGAUCGCAGCGUCCUCAUCUACCUCGACGACAUCUUGGUUUAUAGUAGGACAUUGGACGAGCACAUCAUACACCUUCGCGCUGUUUUGGAUCGUUUGCGACUAGCCAAGUACAAAGCGAAUCUCAACAAGUGCGAGUUCGCCAAGCAGGAGCUUGAGUACUUGGAUCAUUUUAUCACGCCGAAAGGCAUUCGUCCCUUAGCGGACAAGAUCCAAGCCAUCGUGGUUUGGCCGGAACCCCGUUGCACGACGGAUGUACGCUCUUUCAUGGGUUUGGCUGGAUAUUAUCAGCAAUUCGUCGAGUCAUACUCGAAAGUGGUCGCUCCUUUGUCAAGACUUCAGUCCCCAAAGGUGCCCUUCCAGUUCGACGACGCAGCCCGUGGCGCGUUCACUACGUUGAAGGCAGCGAUGCAAGCCGCACCUGCCCUCCGUAUAUACGACCCCACCUUUCCCACCCAAGUGACUACGGACGCUUCGGGAUACGGUAUUGGUGCGGUGUUGGAACAGUGUCACGAGGACGGUUGGCAUCCGGUCGAGUACUUCUCCCAACAGGUGCCUCUCGUCAAUACUCUCGACGACGCUAGGAAGAAAGAGCUACUCGCGUUUGUCACCAUUCUCAAACGGUGGCGCCACUUUCUUCUCGGCCAUCGGCGUUUUAAAUGGAAUAUGGACAACAAUCCAUUGGCCUAUUACAAAACGCAGAAUACGGUCACUAGCACGAUCGGUCGAUGGCUGUAUUACAUCGACCAGUUCGACUUUGACCCGUGCCACAUUCCUGGUCCCGCCAAUCGAGCUGCGGACGCCCUCUCACGACGGCCCGAUUUUUGUGCCAUUGUGACCACGACAUUCGACCUCGAUGACGAUCUGCAGCCGCAUUUCGUCAAAGGCUACAAGUCCGAUCCAACUUACUCUACGCUCUACGCGGAGCUUUAUCGGAUCACCCGCCGGGUAGCCACUAUCGGAUUUCCGACGGGUUCCUUCUCCUUCACACGAGAGGAAAGGACUUUAGCUGAAGAAGGAGGUGGUAGAAGAAGAGGAGGAGGAGCAGCAGGAGGAGGAGGAGGAGGACAAGGAGGAAGAGAGUGUCGGGGAGAGGAGACGGGAGUCAGAGGAGCUGAAAGAGAAAGGUGGAUAGUGGGAGGAAGAGGAACAGAAGGAGGAGAAACAGAAGGAGGACGAGGAGGAGGAGGAGGAAGAGGAGGAGGAGGAGGACCAGGAGGGCGAGUAACAUCAGUUGGGAGUGCGGUACCAGGCAACACAGUUGGGAAAAUAAGGAAGCAUGUUUGAGAGUUUGUGAAUGCAUCCUACGACGAACACAAGCAAUGAUUGAAGAAUACGCUGAACAAGCUUAUUGGGGAGAUGAAGGGCAAAGAAGCACCAAAGCAAGA